AUGGGAGAACUAAGACCUACGAGGAUGUCCGUACAACUUGCGGAUCGUUCUGUUAAAUUUCCCGUAGGUAUGCUAGAAAACAUUCUGGUACGCAUAGGAAAAUUCUAUAUUCCUACUGAUUUUAUAAUCAUGGAUAUAAAAGAGGAUUCCAACAUCCCUAUCAUAUUAGGAAGACCAUUCCUAGCUACAACCAGAGCUAUUAUAGAUGUUAAGAAAGGCAAGCUAACCUUUGAAGUUGGUGAGGAAAAAGUCGAAUUCAUUUUGACGCAAUUCCUAAAGGCACCAGCUAUAGACGAUACCUGUUGUCUACUAGAUGCCAUCAACGAAUGUAUAAGAGAGAUGGAGAAUGAACAAACAUCAUACUCCGAAAUACUGAAAAUUCCAAGGCCUCCUACUUUUGAAGAUGAAAAUUGGAGUAAGGAAUACCAAGAUGACAGCCUAAGCAAUGCCUAG